UUCUGGUGAGUCAGGGAUCGAUAUAAAAGAUCUGAUCGGAGGAUCGGAUCAGAACCUCUUCCUCCUCUCAGCAGGACCAGGAGCUGAACGGAGCGCUGCAGUGAACUGUUGAGGAUGUCUCGCCGCCUGUCCUCUGUGGAGGUCGUCCUCUUCGUCGUCUCAUCCCUCCUCUUCCUCUGCUGCGGUGGCCUCUGUGUCGUUUCUUGGCUCAGCCUGACUUCUGAAGGUGCAGAUGAAGCCGCACAGCAGUCGGGUCAGUUGGUGAUCACAGAAGGAGUCGAAUUUUCUGAGGAGCUCCGAAACUCCAGUAGUCACCGGUUCAAAUCCCUGGCCUUUGAUAUUCAGCAGCUGGUUUAUGAGGCGUUCAGCAUCAGCGACCUGUGGCGGUUCUACCAGUUCUGUUGGGUCCAAGACUUCAGGUCAGACUUACGAUCAAUCACUGACUAG